GGCCAAGUGGGAACUACAAUUGCAGUGGGGGCCUGAUAAGAUUAGCGAAAGGCGUGAGCCAUGCUUGCCAAUAUAUAAACGGUGUUCCCGUCGAAAGCCGCACAGAUUGUUUUUGUUUACCGAAACCAACUAGCUACCAACAUGCCCACCUUUGAGGAGAUCGUCGAGAAGGCCAAGAACUUCAAGAACCUGCCCAGCAAGGAGGAGUUCCUCGAGUUCUACGGCUACUACAAGCAGGCCACCGUGGGCGACUGCAACAUCGAGGAGCCGGAGGAUGAGGAGAAGAAGGCCCGCUACAACGCCUGGAAGAGCAAGGCCGGUCUGACCGCCGACGAUGCCAAGGCUUACUACAUCGAGGUCUACAAGAAGUACGCUCCCCAGUACGAAUAAGCAGUGCCUUUCCCUGGCAAACCCUAGUCCUAGACCCUUUCCUGGGGCCUUUUAAGAAUGCAUGUGAAUAGCUUUGUAACUCUCUGUAUUUAUUGUAAUUUUAUAAUAAACCAAACACCUAUGCAUUUAACAUGAA